AUGGAUGAGUGCUUCAUGAGGCACAAAAUGUGCGUAAUUGGUUGGAUUUUGCGUAGUUGGUGGUUGGAAAUUGUAUGUAUUGUUCAGUUAUUUAAACUGAUAUUAGGUGCUCAACAGAAAAGUGGUGUCGAGAUUGCCAAAACGAUCCUUCAAACAAAACGAAAAAUGAGUAACAACGAGAAUACCGCCUCAGAAAAAGCUAAUGUUGCAGUUAGUAGUGUGCAGACAUUAAAUUGGGAUUCGUCAAUGAAUGAUUGGAUGGAUUACGGGAAUGAAAAUCAUCGUGAUUCAGGUACAAGUAGCAGUGAUGGGAUGCCUACUUCAGAUGCUCCUACCUCAUCUACUACCUCAAGCAGCAUCAGUAUUUUUGAUGCCCUUCUACAGGUAAAAUUAUGA